AUGGCAAAAGAAUUACUAACAAAUACAGCAAUAAAUAUUUUAAAUUUAUUAGUUUUGCCUGAUAGCGCAAAUGGAUCUUCUCCCUCUUCCCCUUCCUCCUCCUCCUCUAAUUUAAAUUCUUCCUCUUUAAUUAAUUUAAAUAAUAAUAUUUCUUCUUCAAACUUACAACAUUUACUAUUUAACAAUUCUUCCUUCCCUUUAAUUUUAAAUAAUAAAAGCCAACAAAUAAUGAAUGAAACAAUAUUUGCUUUUGAAGAAGAAGAUUAUUCUUCUUUAACUACAAAUAUUUUGGAAGAUAUUGAAGAUAAACAACAACAACAACAAUUAUUUUUUGAUAAUAAUUUUCAAUUAGAGAAAAAUGAUUGUGUCUUCCAUCCAAAUUUAGAAAAUUAUUUGAUGAUUUUGACAUUUGCUAUUAUUUUUUGUCUUUCUGUUGUUGGGAAUUCUAUUGUCGUUGUUGUUAUUUUACAGCAACAAUCUAUGCGUUCUGUGACUAAUUUGUAUUUACUAAAUUUGGCCCUUAGUGAUUUAUUAUUAAGUGUUGUUUGUAUGCCUCCAACAUUAGUUAGUUCGUUAGUUUAUUGUUGGGUAUUUGGUGAUUUAUUGUGUAAACUUUUGGCAUAUCUUCAACCUUCUGCUUAUACACUCGCAGCAAUUGCUUUAGAGCGAUACUAUGCAAUAUGUCGACCUUUACAUUCAAGAAUAUGGCAUACAAGAACUCAUGCAAUGUUUGUGAUUAGUUUAGUUUGGCUAGUCUCAGUUAUUGCUAAUGUUUUUAUGCUUUUUAUGUAUGAAGAGCGAAGUUAUAAUUUUAAUGGACUUAAUUGUGCCCCAAAAUUUGAACCUAUUGUACAUUUCGGGUAUCAAAUUUACAUGACUAUAGCCCUUUUAAUUGUUCCACUUGUUGCUAUGACUGUUUUAUAUGGAAAUGUAAUAUAUACACUUAGUUCGGGUAUAAGGAUGGAUAUUGCUGCUAUUUCGGGUACAGAAAGUAGUAGUAAUGCAACUCCUUUAAUGAAUUCUAAUGAUUCGUGUUUAGAAAAACGAAAAAAUUUUCGUAAUGGUGUAACUAAUAAUUUUACAAUAAAUCGGGAAAAUGUAAAAAGAGGAAGGCUAGUUAAUUUAUUUAAUUAA